AUGAAGCGCGGGGAGGCGCGGCGGGUGGACGUGGCGUACAACGUGGAGGAGGAGGAGGAGGAGGUGGCGGCGGAGGACGCCAUGCGCGAGCAGGAGGCGUGGGAGCGCUCCUACGCCAACGACCGCUCCUGGGAGGCCGUGCAGGUGAGAGCGCUCCUGGGAGGCCGUGCAGGUGAGAGCGCUCCUGGGAGGCCGUGCAGGCAGGCGGCGAGUGAGGUGGACAUGAAGCCAUCGCGCAUGGCAGCCAUGGCGCGCAGCAGCGAGGCAUUCAUCCUCAACUUCUUCGACAGCAACCCCCUCAGCCACCUCGCCCUGCUGCUGCUGCGCGACGGCGUGGCCUCGCAGCUCUCAGAGCUCACCUCGCCGCCCGACGCGCACAUCAAGGCGCUGCAGUCCAACCUCUCCGCCUCGGGGCCCGCCUCCCUGCAGAACGUGGUGGAGGCGGCGGUGGAGGCGGUGGCGCACGUGCCGGCGUACGGCCACCGCGAGCUGCUGCUGCUCUUCGCGGCGCUCGCCUCCACCGACCCCGGCGACAUCCUGCCCGCCAUCCGCCGCGCGUGCGCCGCCCACCUGCGGUGCUCCAUCAUCGGCGUGGGCGGCGCCGAGGUGCACAUCUGCCGCCAGAUCGCCGAGCAGACGGGCGGGCGCUACAGCGUCGCCAUGGAUGACGCUCAUCUGAGGGAGCUGCUGAUGAGCCACGCGCCGCCACCACCGGUGCAGGCGGGCAGUGCGGGCAGUGCGGCCAGCCUCGUGCGGAUGGGCUUCCCCCAGCGCGCCCCCGAGGGGGCAGCAGCGCUGUGCGCCUGCCACAUGCACCUCCGCCUCGCCGCCACCUAUGUGUGCCCCAGGUGCCGGUAUGUGCUAUGCUCCCAGACGCCACUCACUCCCUCUCUGAAAGCCAUGUUCUUCUUACCACCCAUUCCCAUUGCAUCUCAUCUGCAUCACUUCCUCCACCUGCCAUCACUUCCUCCACCUGCCAUCACUUCCUCCACCUGCCAUCACUUCCUCCACCUGCCAUCACUUCCUCCACCUGCCAUCACUUCCUCCACCUGCCAUCUCCAACGUGCUCGCCUUCUUCCCCCUCUCUCUCGCUUCCCCCUCACCCCACCCCACAUUGUCCCUGCAUUUCUUCAUCCCACCCUUUCACAGCUGCAAGCCAAGGCCCAACUUCGCCCACCUCAUGCCACUUGCCUUCCUUCCCCCUCCUCCCCUCUCCUCCUCCCUCCUCCCUUUCCCUCCCUCAAACCUCUCCCCCCACCCCCCAGCUCGCGGGUGUGUGCGCUGCCAGCGGAGUGCCCCGUGUGUGCGCUCACGCUCGUGUCCUCGCCGCACCUCGCCCGCUCCUACCACCACCUCUUCCCCGUGCCGCCCUUCUCCGAGGUCCCUCUGCCGCCCGCUCCUAAGCGACCUGCUGGGUCGUCAGCCCCUGCAGCCCCGCACAGCGACCUGCCGCCCGCCUGCUUCAGCUGCACUGCUGCACUGCCUUUCCUCGAGACGGAGGGAGGGGGAGUGCGGGUGGAGUGCCCCUCGUGUGCGCGGCACUUCUGCUUUGACUGCGACGUCUUCAUCCACGAGAGCCUGCACAACUGCCCCGGCUGCGAGGCCACCCGCCUGCCCCAAGUGGCGUAG